GCAAUGGAAAUCACAUGGUGCCGCUGUAUCUCUUGGCUGCGCUCCUGAUGCACGCGUGCUGAUUUGAAUUUGUAGUGUCAGGACUCAAAGUUAGCCUAGAAGAUGUUGGGCACCAAGAACGUGCCCUGGCGGCGCCUGCAGGGCAUUUCCUUUGGGAUGUAUUCGCCCGAAGAGCUCAAGAAACUCAGUGUCAAGUCAAUCACGAACCCUCGGUACCUGGACAGCUUGGGGAAUCCGGCACUGAAUGGCCUCUACGAUCUGGCCUUGGGUCCUGCCGACUCCAAGGAAGUGUGUGCCACCUGUGUGCAGGACUUUAGCAGCUGCUCCGGGCACUUGGGCCACAUAGAACUCCCACUCACUGUCUACAACCCUCUCCUCUUCGAUAAACUGUACCUGCUGCUCCGGGGAGCUUGUUUAAACUGUCACAUGCUGACUUGCCCCCGUGCUGUGAUUCAUCUCUUAGUCUGUCAGCUGAAAGUUCUGGAAGUGGGAGCCCUGCAUGCCGUCUAUGAGCUGGAGAGAAUCCUCAACAGGUUUCUGGAAGAAAAUCCUGACCCCACUGGCUGUGAAAUUCAGGAUGAGCUGGAACAGCACACUGCAUCAGUCAUACAGAACAACCUCCUGGGGCCUCAUGGUGCACAUGUGAAAAAUGUCUGUGAAAGCAGGAGCAAACUCAUCUCCCACUUCUGGAAGACGCACAUGUUUGCCAAACGGUGCCCACAUUGCAAGACUGGGCGGUCAGUUGUCCGAAAGGAGCACAAUAGCAAACUGACAAUCACUUACCCCGCUGUUGUUCACAAGAAAGCUGGCCAGGACACGGAGCCUUUAGUUCCCGGACCUGAGGAAGCACAGAUGGGAAAGAGAGGGUACCUGACCCCCAGCAUCGCCCGGGAGCAUCUUUCUGCCAUUUGGAAGAAUGAAGGAUUCUUUCUGAACUACCUUUUCUCGGGACUGGCAGACGUUGGCAUGGAGCCCGGAUUUAAUCCCAGUAUGUUCUUUCUGGAUUUCUUGGUGGUGCCACCCUCAAGAUAUCGCCCUGUUAAUCGCUUGGGGGACCAGAUGUUCACCAAUGGCCAGACAGUGAACUUGCAGGCAGUCAUGAAGGACAUUGUGCUCAUCCGGAAGCUGCUGGCUGUGAUGGCCCAGGAACACGAGCUGCCCCAAGAGGUCGCCGAGCAUGCCCCAGUUGAGGAGAAAGAUUCUUCCGUUGUCAUGGACCGGUCCUUUCUGAGUUUGCUACCUGGUCAAUCCCUACCAGAUAAACUUUACAACAUUUGGAUUCGCCUUCAGAGCCAUGUCAAUAUUGUGUUUGAUAGUGAGAUGGACAAAUUAAUGAUGGAAAAAUUUCCUGGUAUCAGACAGAUCCUGGAGAAGAAGGAUGGUUUAUUCAGAAAGCACAUGAUGGGGAAGCGUGUGGACUAUGCAGCCCGCUCCGUCAUCUGUCCAGACAUGUACAUCAACACGAAUGAGAUCGGAAUUCCCAUGGUGUUUGCCACCAAACUGACCUACCCACAGCCUGUUACCCCCUGGAACGUUCAGGAGCUGAGGCAGGCGGUCAUCAAUGGCCCUAACGUACAUCCUGGGGCCUCCAUGGUCAUCAAUGAAGAUGGCAGCCGCACAGCCCUGAGUGCCAUCGAUCUGACCCAGAGGGAAGCCGUGGCCAAACAGCUCCUGACACCAGCCACAGGGCCUCUGAAGCCCCAGGGGACAAAGAUUGUGUGCCGGCAUGUCAAGAACGGGGACAUUCUCCUGCUGAACCGGCAGCCCACCCUGCACAGACCCUCUAUCCAGGCUCACCAUGCCCGCAUUCUACCCGAAGAGAAAGUCUUGCGGCUCCACUACGCCAACUGCAAGGCCUACAACGCAGACUUUGACGGUGAUGAGAUGAAUGCUCACUUCCCCCAGAGUGAACUGGGCCGAGCUGAAGCCUACAUCCUGGCCUGCACAGACCAGCAGUACCUUGUUCCUAAGGAUGGCCAACCAUUGGCAGGGUUGAUCCAAGAUCACAUGGUUUCUGGUGCAAACAUGACUAUCCGAGGAUGCUUUUUCUCCCGGGAGCAAUAUAUGGAGCUGGUGUACCGAGGACUCACAGACAAAGUGGGACGUGUGAAACUCUUCCCGCCUGCCAUCUUGAAGCCAUGUCCAUUGUGGACAGGAAAGCAGAUCGUGUCCACGCUGCUCAUCAACAUUAUCCCAGAGGACCACCUCCCACUCAACCUGUCGGGGAAGGCGAAGAUUAGUGGGAAGGCCUGGGUCAAGGAGACCCCUCGGCCCAUCCCUGGCUUUAAUCCAGACUCCAUGUGCGAGUCCCAGGUGAUCAUCAGGUUUGGGGAGCUGCUCUGCGGGGUGCUGGACAAGGCGCACUAUGGCAGCUCUGCCUAUGGCCUGGUGCACUGCUGCUACGAGGUCUAUGGGGGAGAGACCAGCGGCCGGGUCCUCACCUGCCUGGCCCGACUCUUCACUGCCUACCUGCAACUCUACAGAGGCUUCACUUUAGGUGUGGAAGACAUCUUGGUGAAGCCAAGGGCAGAUAUGAAGAGGCACAGGAUUGUUGAAGAGUCUGCCCAUUGCGGGUCCCGGGCUGUCAGGGCAGCGUUAAACCUGCCAGAGGCUGCAUCAUGUGAUGAGGUUCGAGGAAAAUGGCAGGAUGCCCACCUGGGCAAAGACCAGAGGGAUUUUAACAUGAUUGAUCUGAAGUUCAAGGAGGAAGUGAACCAUUACAGCAACGAGAUUAACAAGGUGUGCAUGCCCUUUGGCCUGCACCGACAGUUCCCAGACAACAACCUGCAGAUGAUGGUGCAGUCCGGAGCCAAGGGGUCCACCGUGAACACCAUGCAGAUCUCAUGCCUGCUGGGCCAGAUUGAACUGGAAGGUCGGAGACCCCCACUGAUGGCAUCUGGCAAGUCGCUACCCUGUUUUGAGCCCUACGAGUUCACUCCCAGAGCUGGUGGCUUUGUCACAGGCAGGUUCCUUACUGGCAUCCGGCCUCCGGAAUUCUUCUUCCACUGCAUGGCAGGACGAGAGGGUCUGGUCGACACAGCCGUGAAAACCAGCCGCUCUGGCUACCUUCAGAGGUGCAUCAUCAAGCACCUGGAGGGCCUGGUGGUCCAAUAUGACCUGUCAGUACGGGACAGCGACGGCAGCGUGGUCCAGUUCCUGUAUGGGGAGGAUGGCCUGGACAUCCCCCGGACUCAGUUCCUGCAGCCCCGGCAGUUCCCUUUUCUUGCCAGCAACUAUGAGGUGAUAAUGAAAUCGAAGCGUCUUGAUGAAGUUUUGUCCAAGGCGGACCCCCAGAAGGCCCUUCGUCAUUUCAGAGCUAUCAAGAAGUGGCAGAGCAAGCACAGUGGCGCCCUGCCGAGGAGAGGCGCCUUCCUGAAAUUCUCUCAGGAAAUUCAGGCCGAAGUGAAAGCCGCCAACCUCGAGGGUGCCAACCAGAAUGGCCGCAGCCCUGACACUCAGCAGAUGCUGAGUAUGUGGUACGAGUUAGAUGAGCGUAGCCGGAGGAAAUACCAGAAGCGGGCAGCCCCGUGCCCUGACCCCAGUCUGGCUGUCUGGCGCCCGGACAUCUACUUUGCAUCUGUGUCAGAAACGUUUGAGAAGAAGAUGGAUGACUACAGCUGCGAGUGGGCAGCCGAGGUCACACAGAGUCACGAGAAGUCAAUGCUUUCUCUCGAAAGUCUCAGGACCCUGCUGCAGUUGAAGUGGCAGCGUGCCCUCUGCGACCCAGGCGAAGCUGUGGGGCUGCUGGCAGCCCAGAGCAUCGGGGAGCCCUCCACACAGAUGACGCUCAACACCUUCCACUUUGCAGGCAGAGGAGAGAUGAAUGUCACCCUGGGCAUUCCAAGGCUGCGGGAGAUUCUCAUGGUGGCCAGCGCAAACAUCAAGACCCCCAUGAUGAGUGUGCCAGUGUUCAACACCAAGAAGGCACUGAGGAGAGUAAAGAGCCUGAAGAAGCAGCUCACCAGGGUGUGCUUGGGAGAGGUGUUGCAGAAGAUUGAUGUCCAGGAGUCCUUCUCUGUCGGGGAGAGGCAGAGCAAGUUGCGAGUGUACCAGCUGCGGUUUGAAUUCCUGCCUCACGCGUAUUACCACCAGGAGAAGUGCCUGAGACCUGAGGACAUCUUGCACUUCAUGGAAACCAGAUUCUUUAAAAUUUUGAUGGAAUCCAUCCGAAAGAAGAAUAACAAAGCCUCGGCUUUCAGGAACGUCAACACACGGAGAGCCACCCAGAGGGACCUAGACGGUGAUGGGGACGGGGAACGGAAUGGGGCACAACAGGAAGAAGGGGAGGAGGAGGAGGGGCAUGUUGUGAAUGCUGAAGCCGAAGAGGGCGACGCUGAUGCCUCAGAUGCCAAACGCAAGGAAAAGCAAGAGGAGGAGGUGGAUUACGAGAGUGAAGAGGAGGAAGAGAAAGGGGAGGAGGAGGAGGAGGCACCGGAGGACGGGCCCAUGCACACAGACAGCACUCACAGAACCCCCGAGCAAGAGAAUGACACAGGCUUAGGCGCCGAGGAGGAUGCGCUGCUGCAGGCUCCCCCUACUCGGCCUCGGAAAACUGCCUACCAUGAAGCCCCAGCUGUGGAGAGCCGGGUUCAGGCUGUGCUCGAGUGUCACCCCUUCAUCCAGGGCUACCAGUUCGACACGGAGCAGAACCUGUGGUGUGAGGUGACAUUAAAGCUCCCUCUGAUGAAGAUUAACUUUGAUAUGAGCUCCCUGGUCAUGACUGUGGCCCAGAGCGCUGUUGUCUACGCAACUAAGGGCAUCACGAGAUGUCUCCUGAAUGAGACGACCAAUAGCAAGAAUGAGAAGGAGCUUGUCUUAAACACGGAAGGGAUCAACCUCCCAGAGCUGUUCAAGUAUGCUGAGGUGUUGGAUCUGCGCCGCCUCUACUCCAAUGAUAUCCAUGCCAUGGCCAACACCUACGGCAUUGAGGCUGCGCUGCGGGUGAUUGAGAAGGAGAUCCGAGACGUGUUCGCUGUGUAUGGCAUUGCGGUGGAUCCCCGCCAUCUGUCCCUGGUCGCUGACUACAUGUGCUUCGAGGGUGUUUACAAGCCACUGAAUCGCUUUGGGAUCCAGUCCAACUCUUCCCCGCUGCAGCAGAUGACGUUUGAAACCAGCUUUCAGUUUCUGAAGCAGGCCACCAUGAUGGGAGCCCACGAUGAGCUGCGGUCCCCCUCAGCCUGCCUCGUGGUUGGAAAAGUCGUCAAGGGAGGAACAGGCCUGUUUGAACUCAAGCAACCACUGAGGUAGCCAGAAGGGUACUGGGGAGCACCCUCAGGACAGCCCGGAGGCUAGAGCCAGAGCUUGGCAAGCUCCUCCCCAGGGCUGGCAACAGGACUGUGCCUCCUCCCACUCGGGCCGAAAAGCAGCCACCACCCAGUCUCUAGGAGCUAGCUGCCUUGGCCAGGCCUCCACCGUAAAGGCCUAGCAAGCCCCAGCUCUUCUAUAGACAGACAAGGGCGAUGACAUGACAGGACCCCAGCACUGCUCUUCACAGCCCCUGUGGACAGACUGCCCCAUGGUGUCCACCUGCACAGCCUUCUCACGCAGCCUCCGUUUCCUGCUGACCUGUGCUGCUUCUUGAGACAAGAUCAAUCCUGUGGCCAGGCUGCUGGCUACCCACCAACCCCAGCCAGAAACUUGAACAAGGUGCCCAGGUGUCUUCUGUCUU